GUCCACUUUGUCAUUUUUGUUUUGUCCUUUGUUUGUUGCUUCUUUCUUUGGUUGUGAGCGCGUUUCAUGCUCACUUGCUUUUUAUUCUCUGCAACUCCUAAAGUAACAAGAUAAUGGUAGAGCAAUAAUAAUGGAAUCAAUAACAAUUCUCAUGGAAUUUCUCUACAAUCCAUUCACAGAUCUCAAAGAUCUUUCUAUCUCUUCACCUUUGUAAUUUCACUUUCUUCAAAACAAUAAAGUUUUGUUCUUUUUAGUGCUUGUUGCUCAGUUGGAUUCAAAUUCUCCAUUUUCUUUCAACUUUGUUGAAAAAAAAGUGAUUUUGGCAUCUGGGUUCUGUUUGUUGAUGCUCAUUGAGUUUUGUCUUAUAGGAAAGUUGAUGUCUUGUUGAAGAUAGUGUUUUUUUGCUUUAUUGGAAUCUGAUUCCAAAAUAGUGUUUUUAUGUGUGUGUGUGUGUGGAUAAGGUGAUAAGGUUGGACUCAAGUUAUGUGUUUGUUAAGUUAUUAAUUAUGGUGGCUUUGUGUAAAUGAGACAUUACAGAAGUGAUUAUUACAGAAGUGAUUAUAGAGAAUGGAGGUUUGUAAUUUGGUGUUCUGGAUGCUUGGUUUGUUUCUUCAUGUUCUGAUGAAGAUUUCUUCUGCUACUCUUUCUCCUUCUGGCAUAAACUAUGAAGUUGUGGCUUUGAUGGCUAUAAAAAAUGAUUUGAAUGAUCCUCACAAUGUUUUGGAGAGUUGGGAUAUAAAUUCUGUUGAUCCAUGUAGUUGGAGGAUGAUUACAUGUACUUCAGAUGGCUCAGUUUCUGCACUGGGAUUGCCUAGUCAGAAUGUGUCUGGUACACUAUCUCCUAGAAUUGGAAACCUUACUAACUUGCAAUCUGUGUUACUUCAGAAUAAUGCUAUUUCUGGUCAUAUUCCUUCGACGAUAGGAAGCCUGGAAAAGCUUCAGACGCUCGAUCUCUCCAACAAUGAAUUUAGUGGCGAGAUGCCGAGUUCUUUGGGAGGCCUCAAGAACUUGAAUUAUUUGCGGUUAAAUAAUAACAGUCUUACAGGAGCUUGCCCUCAGUCUCUUAGCAACAUCCAAAGCCUUACCCUUGUGGACCUAUCCUACAAUAAUUUAAGUGGUUCGUUACCAAGAAUACGGGCAAGAACGUUAAAGAUAGUAGGUAACCCGUUAAUUUGUGGUCCAAAAGUCAACAACUGUACUACGGUUUUGCCCGAGCCACUUUCGUUUGCACCAGAAUCUUUAGAAGCCAAUCCAGACAAUGGUAAAAAAGGUCAUCAUGUAGCACUUGCUUUCGGUGCAAGUUUUGGUGCUGCAUUUGUUAUUGUUACUAUAGUCGGGCUUCUUGUUUGGUGGCGGUAUAGACACAACCAACAGAUAUUCUUCGAUAUUAAUGAGCAUUACGAUCCAGAAGUUCGCCUUGGUCAUUUGAAAAGAUAUUCAUUCAAAGAGCUUCGUACUGCAACCGACCAUUUCAACUCAAAACACAUUUUAGGAAGAGGCGGCUUUGGAAUAGUUUACAAAGCUUGCUUGAACGACGGGUCCGUUGUGGCUGUUAAACGGCUAAAAGACUAUAAUGCGGCUGGUGGUGAGAUUCAAUUUCAAACGGAAGUUGAGACAAUAAGUUUGGCUGUGCACCGGAAUCUUCUGAGGCUUCGAGGGUUUUGCAGUACUCAAAAUGAAAGACUCCUUGUUUAUCCGUAUAUGUCGAAUGGAAGUGUAGCCUCUAGAUUAAAAGAUCAUACUAAUGGUCGACCGGCUUUGGAUUGGUCAAGGCGAAAGAGAAUAGCUUUAGGCACGGCAAGAGGGUUGGUUUAUUUGCACGAACAAUGUGACCCGAAAAUUAUCCAUCGUGACGUUAAAGCAGCCAACAUAUUGCUAGAUGAAGACUUUGAAGCAGUUGUUGGUGAUUUCGGUUUAGCUAAGCUUCUGGAUCAUAGAGAUACUCACGUGACCACUGCCGUUCGUGGCACUAUUGGUCAUAUUGCUCCGGAGUACCUAUCCACCGGCCAGUCAUCAGAAAAGACCGACGUGUUUGGAUAUGGAAUCUUGUUGCUUGAGCUGAUCACAGGUCAUAAAGCUCUAGAUUUCGGUCGAGCAGCAAACCAGAAAGGCGUAAUGCUUGAUUGGGUUAAGAAGCUUCACCUCGAAGGAAAAUUAAGUCAAAUGGUAGAUAAAGAUCUGAAAGGAAAUUUUGACAUAGUUGAAUUGGGUGAGAUGGUUCAAGUAGCACUCUUGUGUACACAGUUUAAUCCGUCGCACCGUCCGAAGAUGUCAGAAGUGUUAAAGAUGUUGGAAGGGGACGGCUUAGCCGAGAGAUGGGAGGCGUCACAGAGGAUCGAAACACCGCGGUUUCGGUUUUGCGAAAAUCCGCCUCAAAGAUAUUCAGAUUUUAUAGAAGAAUCAUCACUGAUAGUAGAAGCAAUGGAGCUUUCUGGCCCUAGGUGAUAAGCAUCUUAGUUUUUUUACCACUAUAGCUCUCAUGUUUAAAUGAACAUUGUCAUUAGUGUCAAUAGGUAGCUAUGUAAUGCUUGUAUUCAUCUGUAAAAAGGAAGAAAAAAAAAAGGGAAAGCCAUGUAUAAGUGUUAUCUUUGUUGGAAUGUUGAUUUAGUUGCCUCAUUAAUUUUUUGAAUCAAUGUUAGAAAGUUUCAAGUUGUGCCAUUA